AUGACUUCUUCCAAGUUCUCAUCUAACAGACCGAUACCUGCUAUCACUCUCCAACUGGCUACCGACGAUCAUAGCGUACAGUACAGUCAAGCGCUACCUCAUGGCGAUUUCGAGGAGCUCAAAGAAGCGGCAAGCGAAGACAGGGACCUCAAGAUACGUAUCCGGAAGUUACGCGUUAUAUCGCGUACCCUCGCCCUUUUUAUCUCUAUCGCAGUUCUCGUCCUCACAGCUCUUACCCUGCACAAAUUUCUCAGCACACGCAGCAUCCACCGCGUUGUCCGACUUCCCAACGGCGAGAAUAUCCUACGCACGCCCUGGGCGAAGAACACACGGGCAUGGCCAACGUACAUGUAUUUUGGCGUCGCAGCCGUCUCUGUAAUACUCAACUUCGCAACGAUCUUUUCGUACAAGUGUGGCAUUGAACAGGCUAAUGUAGCCGCUGUUGUCACGAGUACCUUUAGCUGGGUCAACAUGCUGGGGAACUUUAUUGUGUGGUGUGUAGCUGCUACUGUGUAUCGCACCGAGAAGGAUAAAGAUGGGAAGAGCGAUGAUCUUUGGGGCUGGACUUGUAGUUCAGGUGCGAGGGCGAUUCAGAACGAGUUUGCGGGUGAUGUCGACUACGACAGCUAUUGUAAUGUGCAGAGUGCGAGUUGCCCACCGCCAGUGGUGCGAAUCAUGCUGUACGCACGAUUUUUACCAACCUGGCUAUGCGCCGCCGUCUUUCUACUCACUGCUGUCGCUUCUUCUCAGGAGACGCAAGGCGAUUGCGAUCGAGAAUGUUUGCAACGCAGGGUUGAGAAGCUCGAGCAAGAGUAUGCGAAACUAGAGCAAGCUCUGGUAAGUCAAGCUCAAUCUACUUCUGUGGAGUUCAUCAUGCUGAUAGCGGAACAGUUUCCUGGUGGCUAUGCUUAUUCUCCGACUACAGCUCAGUCGUACUUCCCAACAUCGGCCCUCUCUACCGCGACUCCAAGCUCAUCAAGCGAAUACUACACCACCUUUGGCACAUCUGGUCUCCCUCAAAGCUCAUUGUACAGCUUCGUUAUUUCCUCAUCAUCCAUCCCAACAUCUGUCGUCUCCACCGCACCGCCGAGCUCGUCAAGCGAAUACUAUGCUAGCUUUAGCACAUCCGGUCUACCUCAAAGCUCAACCUCUACCUGGGUUGUGUCCUUCUCAACCAUAGUCACCAGCUAUGUGACCACGCAGCCCUCGGUCUCAGCCUCUACUUUUACUGUUCCCUCUUCAUCCAUAGUCAAAAGCUAUGCGACCACGCAGCCCUCAGUAUCAGCCACGCCUUCAUACGCCAUACCCCCACCAGAGCCCACAGCAAGCGAUACACCACCCGUACCCACAUACGCCAACAUUUCCACCCACUCCGGCUACCGCUCAGUAGCCUACUACGGAAAUUGGGACAUCUACGCCCGAGACUUCCAGCCCCAGCAGAUACCCGCAGAGCGACUAACGCACCUGCUCUACUCCUUCGCCGACAACAAGCCCGACGGUACCGUCUUCCUCACCGACACGUACGCCGAUGCGGAGAAGCACUACUCCACCGAUUCCUGGAACGAUGUGGGCAACAAUGUUUAUGGAUCGAUCAAGCAACUUCAGAUCCUCAAGGCCAAGAACAGGAACUUGAAGGUGUUGCUCAGUGUAGGUGGUUGGACGUAUACAAACGUUGCCAAGCACAUGGAUGGACCUAUGGCUACGGCUGCGGGGAGGCAACGCUUUGCGUCGUCUUGUGUGGAGUUGAUCCGCGACUAUGGCUUCGAUGGCAUUGAUGUGGAUUGGGAGUAUCCUACAGACAAAGAGCAAGGCAAACAGUUGCUUGCACUGCUGAAGGAGGUCAGAGGGCAGAUGGACGAGUAUGCUGAUACGCUUGCCUACAGAGAUGAGUCUGGACGCGAGCUAAAGCCCAAGUUUCUCUUGACUAUUGCUUCGCCAGCCGGGGAGAAGAACUACAAGCAUCUGCCCUUAAAAGAGAUCAGUGCAGUCACAGACUUUAUCAAUCUGAUGGCAUACGACUACGCUGGCUCCUGGGAUAACCAAACUGGUCACCAAUCGAACCUUUACCCGUCGACCUCGACUCCCCUGAGCACGCCCUUCAAUACAGCUUCAGUUCUGGCCGCCUACAGCGCCGCGGGCGUUCCUUCCUCCAAGCUCAAUCUUGGCAUGCCUCUCUAUGGUCGCUCCUUCACAAACACUCAAGGUUUAGGGACGUCGUUUAGUGGAAUCGGCACUGGAUCAUUCGAGCGAGGCGUCUACGACUUCAAGGACUUGCCCCUUGCAGGUGCACAAGAGUACUAUGAUGAAGAAGCUGGCGCAACAUACAGCUAUGACGAAGCGAGUGGCGAGUUCGUCAGCUAUGAUACUGUGGCCAUGGCGCUCAAGAAGGUCGACUACAUUGCGGAACAGGGGUUGGGUGGCGCAAUGUGGUGGGAGAUCAGCGGUGACAGGACAGAUGACAGCGGGAGCAUCGUGACAAAUGUUGUCGAGAAGAUGGGCGGCGGGAGUGGUGCAGGCAUCGAGUCAUCGCCCAAUUGGCUGCUGUAUCCCGACUCCAAGUUCGACAACAUGAGGAAUGGCGUCUUCGCGCAAUAG